CCGGCUUCCGGGACUAAAAUAAGGAUGUUACCUCAUUGAGACUGAUACAUAUAACAUUAAACUUAAUCUGACAUAUAGAUGCAGAUGUACGUAUCACCCGAGACCGGGAACCUUCCUACCCUUUCUAAGGUACUUACCCGAUCUCAACCAACUCAAAUCAACUCAACCUAAACCACAAGCUGGAAACGACCAGCAACCUCUUCUUCAAUUCCUUAACAUUUUCAUAGAAAGAUGUGACUUCAUUCGUUUCUAGUAUAUUAUAGGCUACUGUAGUAUACCGAUCCAUAUAACAAUUCGAAUUACUUUUGACAAAGUCCGGACUUUCCGAAGCCUGUCUACCUCCCUUCCGACGUCCUCGAGCGCGUAAACCCCAACCAUCCGACCCCUCCAUACAAAUCGAACAUACCUCCGAAAACGCCACCAACACACCUUCACCACAACUUGUCCGAAGCAUUGCCAAUAUACAUACGCACAUCAUGGCGCGAUACCGUUUCCUCUCGCGUAUCCUGCCCUUUAGUCGAUCAGCGACGCCGUUGCAAGCUGCGACAUACCUCCUCGGCAUCGCGCUAUUUAGCAUCUCGUUCCUCGUAUUCCUAAACUCGGCCGUAUCGUUCGUCAUCACCGAUCUACUAGGCGUUAAGACUGGUGUCGGCAACAUCGUCGGAACUCUCGGCUUCGUUGACGAGAUCGUCGCAUUGAUAGCUUGUCCAGCAUGGGGUUUAAUCAGCGAUCGAUUGGGCGUGCGCUGGGUCGCGGUCUUGGGCUACGGUAUUAUUGCUAUUAGCUUAUUUGCCUUCGUUCAGGCUCGCGAUGUAUACCCCAGUUUGAUUAUUGCGCGGAUCGCGUUCGCGCUUGGGGCUACGGCUGCUGCGACGAUGGUUACUGCUAUACUGCCCGUGCUUACGGAUAAUGACGAGGGAACUGGAUAUGAUAGGGAUGAGGCUGUGGAAGAUGAAGAUGCGAGGAGUGUGGGGAGUAGAGGCUCAAGCCGAAAGUCCAAUGGUCACCAUCAGAGGGAUAGUGUGGCCAUGAGUCUUGAGAGCGAUGCUACGAUUACACCGGAGCGGUUUACUGCGCAUUUGUCGCGGGAUCCAGGGGAUAGGAGGUAUAGUAGUACCAAUUCGGAUGAUUCGUCCGAUGCAUAUGGUAGCGUCGAGGGGAGCGGCCGCAGACCGGCUGCUUUAGCUGGAUAUGUAGGUCUAUUCACAGGUUGUGGAGCUCUAGUCGCCUUGAUCCUCUUCCUACCGCUUCCAGCGCAGUUCUCCAAGAAAGAAGGUGUUACGCCCGCGGAAGCUAUUUCCGAUAGUUUCUAUGUUGUCGGCGCCGUCGCAGUCUUUGUGGCUAUCUUCGUUUUCUUCGGUCUUCGCGGUCUUAAAGGAGAGGAAGGAAAGGGCUGGCGCAUGCUCCUCGGCCUACGCAAACCGCAGCGCUCUUCUAAUAACGGCUCCGCCGCUGAAGCUUCUUCAUCGUCGCCUGCGACAACGGGAACGGCUCGCGGUCCGCUUCCAUAUCACCGCCUCCUACUUUCCUCGCUUCGUCUCGGAGCUACGGACCCGCACAUCGCGCUAGGCUACCUAGGCGGAUUCGUAGCGCGCGCGAGCACCGUCGCCAUUUCGCUUUUUGUCCCAUUAUAUGUCAAUUCGUUCUUUAUUCACAAUGGCUUCUGCCGCGGUGACCCUAACGACCCAUCGCCCGACCUCAAGAAAGAGUGCCGCGCGGCGUACGUUCUGGCCUCUAUAUUGACGGGCGCUGCGCAACUCGCUGCUCUUCUAUGCGCGCCUUUGUUUGGGUACGCUAGUCGACGGAGCGGCGGUGUUGAUAUCCCGCUUGUUAUCGCGGCGUUAUUGGGUGUAGUCGGGUAUAGCGUAUUCCCGAAACUAGAUAGCCCCGAGUAUAAGAAUGUCGAUGGACGAGGCGGUAGUCCAGCUGUUUUCUUAGUCGCGGUACUCAUUGGGGUUAGCCAGAUCGGGGCUAUUGUGUGCAGUCUCGGAUCCCUAGGACGUGGGGUUUUGACUGCGGACACAAGGAUUGUGUCCGUGGUUGAUGAGGAAGAGAAUGGAGUUGAUGGCCACACAGGGGAUGAGACGGAUGCGCUACUUGGUCAUGAAAUCGAGAGAAAAGAAGAGCCGGCUACCCGUGUCCAGUUGAAGGGGUCAAUCGCUGGCGUUUACUCGCUAUGCGGUGGUGCGGCGAUCUUGCUGCUUACCAAACUUGGUGGUUACCUAUUCGACGUAGUAGCACCCGGCGCUCCGUUCUACAUGAUGGCUGGUUUCAACGGCGCGUUGCUAGUCGCUGCUUUGGCUAUUGGACUCUUGAGUGAGAAUCAGAGGCCUGGAACGAGUAGGAGUAGGGCUUCGAGUAUGUAAGAUUGAAUCUGAUUGGGGAAAUAAAGGAUAGGAGUAUAGGGGAUGGUGAAAUUGAAAUGGCAUCGGGAAGGGCUAAGGUUCAAGGUUAUGGUCAAGGUAUGGGGUGGCUAACUACCUUUUUAUCGUGUAAUACUAUUUAUUGUAUAUAGUCUGCAACCAAAUGAGAUGAGAUGAUGAAUCUAAUACUAAGGGCAAUCACCUCAUAGUCCGUGUUCACGAUGAGAAUAGGAGGUUUCUAUCAGAUAAGCCAAGAGAGGAAGAAUCUUUAUU